ACUGAACAUUUAUCUAGUAAUUGCGCUAAACAAAACAAUAAAUAUCAAUCUGGAGAAUUAUACCCAUUGGCGCUACCUAUUUUGGAAGAUCGACAUCAAUUAGUCAUUCAAAUCGCAAAUUUUUGUGAAGUAAAAAAAGAUAUCAG